UUUCAGCAGAUGGCGGCCUUCAGGGGCUUCUACCCGCAGGUGUACCCAACCACCAUGGGCUCCAUGCAGGGUGCCGGCGUGGCCAUGGCGGGCGUGGGGGGCAUCAACAAGAAGAAUGGCAACAUCUCCUGCUACAACUGCGGCACCACCGGGCACAUUGCACAGGACUGCAAGCAGCCCUCCAUUGACGCCACACAGCAAGGUGGUUUCCGGCUAAAGUACGUCGCCUCUCACAAUUCUGAAGCACUAGACAACACGGAAGGAUGAGUCGCUGCACCCACCAAACAUCUCCUGGUCGACGUUGGCAAUCCACCCGUAAACACUAUAUUAGGAGGGUGGGGGUGUCGU